CUGCGAUCGGUCCGAGGCCGAGAGUCGUUUUCCUCAUAGAAGACGCUCUGGGAACUACCCAUCACCUGCGAAUCGUUUGAGUCUUAAGCCCCUUCACUUACUAAUUCAUUCAUUCCUGAGACAAUCCGGCUCGGUUGUGAACGGGUUUGGCUGAGCCUCAGACGGGUGUUGUGGUCCUGUUGCCUGUGUCACAGAUUAAACCUUUCCCCUUGCCCCCACGGGCAGCCAAACCCAGCUGCACACGCAGAGCUCUUCCCCCCCUGUGUUUGGAAAGGGGGUGAAGUGCCUCUGCCCGCGGGGGAGGGGUGCUGGUGCUUGGGACAUCACCAUUUACCACCUGUUUCUCUCUGUAGAGCCCACAGCUUGCCCUGAGAGCGCCUUGCUUUCCUUGCAGGCUGCAGCAAGCUGAUGUUGAAGCCGCAGACGACGGCAGAGGUGUCGCAGAUUCUCAGGUACUGCCAUGAGAGGAACCUGGCAGUGAACCCUCAGGGGGGCAACACGGGCCUUGUUGGGGGCAGCGUUCCUGUCUUUGAUGAGAUCAUUCUCUCCACUCUUCUCAUGAACAAGAUCAUCAGCUUUGACAAGGUGUCUGGGAUCCUCGUGUGCCAAGCUGGCUGCAUCUUGGAGAGGCUGAGUGAGUGCCUGGAGGAGCAGGGCUUUGUCAUGCCUCUGGACCUGGGGGCCAAGGGCAGCUGCCACAUCGGGGGCAACGUGGCCACGAACGCGGGCGGGCUGCGGCUGCUGAGGUACGGCUCGCUGCGAGGGACAGUGCUGGGGCUGGAAGUGGUGCUGGCUGAUGGCUCUGUCCUGGACUGCCUGGCCUCGCUGCGCAAGGACAACACGGGCUACGACCUGAAGCAGCUCUUCAUCGGCUCCGAGGGCACCUUGGGAGUGAUCACUGCUGUCUCCAUCCUCUGCCCUCAGAAACCCAAGGCUGUGAAUGUGGCAUUCCUCGGGUGUCAGAGCUUUGCCAAGGUGCUGGAGACAUUCACAGUGGGCAGAGCCAUGCUGGGGGAGAUCCUGUCUGCCUUCGAGUUCAUGGAUGAGAAGUGCAUGGAACUGGUUCAGAGAUACCUCAAGUUGUCCAGCCCAGUGGCAGGCAGCCCUUUUUAUGUGUUGAUUGAAACUUCAGGCUCCAACUCGACCCAUGAUGAAGAGAAACUGAGCAACUUCCUAGAAGAGGCCACAGCUUCUGGUCUGGCCACUGAUGGAACUGUGGCAACAGAUGAGAGGAGGAUAAAGGAGCUGUGGGCGCUGCGGGAGCGGAUCACUGAGGCCCUGAUGCACGAGGGCUGCGUCUACAAGUACGACGUGGCCCUGCCCCUGGGGAGACUCUACGAGCUGGUCACGGCCGCCAGGGCUCGGCUGGGCCCCGGUGCCAGCAGCGUGCUGGGCUAUGGUCACCUGGGAGACGGGAACUUGCACCUGAAUAUCACGGCCGAGUCGUACAGCCGCGCCCUGCAGGAUGCCAUCGAGCCCUUCGUGUACGAGUGGACCGCGAGCUGCGGCGGCAGCGUCAGCGCCGAGCACGGGCUGGGCUUCAAGAAGAAGCAGUUCAUGCACUACAGCAAGCCCCAGCAGGCAAUCUCUGUCAUGCGGCGCUUCAAGGCCAUGUUUGACCCCAAAGGCAUCCUCAACCCCUACAAGACGCUGCCCUCCAGCCCCUGAGAGCUGCACGGGCUGGGACAGCAGCAGGGCCGGCGUCUGCCCCGGCAGCGGCACCUCAGAGGCACGAGCAAAGCCCGGCCCAGGCUGACGCUGUGGGAUGGGAAAGCCCUGGGGGGGAUCAACUGGGCCAAAAGUGAAGCUGCAGUUGAUUGAGAGGAGUUGUCUGAAUGUAACAGUGUUCCCUAAGUCAGCAUCAGCCUGACAGCACUGAUGACACCCGGCUACAGACAAGAUACUGGAGCUGAAGAGCAGUGACCAUGCUGGUGCACAAGUGCAGGUGAGAGGAUGCUACAUCUGCCUGAGUGCAAAGGGCUGCUGCUGAGCCAGGGGCAGGAGCUCUCUGAGGACAGAGGAAGGGACAAAACGACCACAGACUGAGAUGCUGCUGUUGGACCAAGCCCCCGCAAGGCAGGAGGGAGCUGGGAGCCGGGUGUCACGGCCCAGCGAUUGAUUUCUUGGUUCAGGUCUGUUCCAGCUCCAGCUGUAAUAAAGCCACUUUGUGCACAACCUCAAA